AUGCAAGAUGACCGGCCCGGGACUCAGCGCCCGGGGCCCUCUUCGGCAUCGAGGGCUGCUGAGGCCUAUGGCCACUCGCUCUCUGCGCCUCCGACCAACGGUCGCCACACCGACCGUGGCAUCGGAAGCAGUCGCUACACUGCACCCCACUCGGUCUCGUCGCCCGCGACUCCGCAAUCCCAACAGCGUGGAGAGGCCAGCAGCGACAGGCUGCGGUACGACGGCUUCGGCCCUGGAUCCGGCUACGGCGAGUCCAGCAGCAACGGCAACGGCCACGGUACCGAAAGCGGGGCAGGCGGUGGCCACACGGUGCUUGCAAGCUACCCGCGCCUUCGGAACCAGUCCGAGUGGAUCCAGCUCCCGAGCGUCAGCUAUGGACUCUCGCUCUACGGAGAAGCCCCGCUGCGCGAGCCCCUCUUCUCGCUCGCCAUCCGGCAGCAGACCAAGCGGGGCCUGGCCAUCGGAAGCAGCCAGAUGGCACUGCGGACAGCACGAUCGAUCCCACUGGAUCCUCCUCCGGUCUGCGAGCUGCUGAUGAACCGCAGCGGCGACGAGCACACGCUGUCGCUGCCCGAAGUCUUUGUACGUGCCCAGCUGGUCAAGGCCGAGGAGCCCUACGACGAGGUGCUCCCGGAUGCCCGGAGAAACGAGCCCCUGGUUGGCGACACGGUCCAGAGCCCAUUCAACUCGCGCAUCGAGUCGAGGGAGGACCAGUGCUUCUUUGUCUUCAAGGAGAUGGGCGUCCGGGUCAAGGGCAUCUACCGGAUCCGCUUCGACCUCUUCGAUCGGGUCUCGCUCUUGAUCCGCAGGGUGGCCUCGGUCUACAGCGAUGCGUUCGAGGUCCACGAGCGACGCAAGCACCCCGGCCUCGGCGCCUCUUCGUCCCUCAUGGACGCCCUGGUGGACCGCGGCAUGAAGUACAAGCUGCGCAAGCCCAUCAACCCCAAGGUGGUCGGCAAGAAGCGCAAGCCCGACCAGGACGACGGCUACGCGGAAGCCAACCCUGCGCCGCCGCUACCUGCGCCGCCGCUCUACGCUCGCUACGUCAACGCCGGCGCAUACGGCCGCGGAGAUGCGGUGCCGUCCGAUGCUGUGGCCCACUGGCGAUCGUCGCAAGCCUACGACCGACCGAGCGCGGCGAUGCAUCAUCCGCAGGGCGGCUGGGGGCAGCCUGACGCCCGCUACGGGUCCAUGGCGAUGCCUGCGAGGGAGGCCGCGGAUCGCUUCCGGCCGACGAUGCCGCGCUGGAACCCAGAAGGCGCUGCUGGUCCCCGUCACCACCAGGCUGCAGACGAGAAUGGUUACGCGUCGUCGUACCACGGUGCUGCACAAGCGUCGUCGGGAAUGACGGCGACGGCGACGGCGACGGGCGCAGCGACAAAGAGGGUGGCGACGAUGCUACCGCCGCCUCCUGACCGCAUCCCGUUCGGCGAUGGGCGAAUGCUCCGUGCACCGGCACCGAUGGACGCGCCUUACCUUCGACGGCCUAGCCUGCCCGACCGCAACUCGUCGUCGUCGCUGGGGUCCGGCUCGAGCUUUACGACGACGUCGGUAACGGGUCGGCCCGCGUCGUCGGUUUACGGUUCGGUGACUCCCAGCCCGUACACCUCUACCAGCGACGAGGCAAAAUCCUGCACGCCACCCGUACCCACUCUUCCGCCGUCUUCGUCGUCGGCGGCUACGAGGACCAAGCUGCCUGGAUUCGCCUCGCUGAUGGAUUCGGCCCAGCUCGGGCCGUCGACAUCGUCAUCGUCGUCGUCGGCUUCGCCGAUGCCGCCCUACGCGCAGCGGCCCAGCAGCCGCUCGCCGCCGUGGUUCGCGCGACCCCUGGACAGCCAGCACGACGCCAAGCGGAGGGCCAGCGAUCCUCGCUUCCCGGAACGCUCCUCGCACUUCCGCUCCUAG